CAAACCCAGCGGCGUCUUUAAUUGGCUGGAGCUGAUGGCGCCUGUGGCUCGCGUGGGCUGUUUGACUGAGCUCUGAGGGCUUUCCCGGUCCCUCUUUCCUUCCCGGGUGCUUUUUGCACCCAAGUCUGGCUGGGUUUCCGUGUCUGUAGGUCCAGGACCGGCGACGGCUGCUCUUUCGUUCGGCCUCCAUCCGGAUGGAGGAGCCUCCCUGGAAGCCCCUCAGCUGUGCGGAGAAGGAAAAGUUGAAGGAAAAAUUAGCAUUUUUGAAAAGGGAAUACACCAAGACACUGGCCCGUCUUCAGCGUGCCCAAAGAGCUGAGAAGGUUAAGAAUUCUAUUAAGAAAACAGAGCAGGAUUGCUCACUUCAGCAUAAAAUCUCACCACAGCUAAACAAUUCAGAAUAUAAAAAUGAAAGAUCUCCUUGUGAAAAAUUACAGAUCAGUACCCAUGUCGAUGAGGAAACUGGAGAAAAGACAUCCGUGACACUUGAUACUGAAACUGAAUCUUUAAACUAUAAAGAUGGCCUUGGAGAAGAGUUGUGUUUACAAGGGACAGGUGACACCCAAGAACAUUCACCCUACAAGGACAGUGAUCCUGUUGGUGAAAAAAGACAGACUGAGCUGCCAGGGAGAAAAAAGCAGCCAAAGAGAACACUUAAUUCACAGGAAAGAAAAGAUGUCUUUGACAUCAGUUCACUCAUACUCUCUGGCAAAAGAGUAAAGAAACAGGAGGCAAUCAAUAAUGAAAAUUCUAAGUUACCAGUAACUGAAGUAACUUACCUUUUGAGUCCUAAAUCUGAAAUUCCAGAUUUUUCACUACCAGUUACAGAAGAUGAUGAAAAGAAUGAAUUCAUCCCACCAACUGCCAAGUCAGAAAGAGGUGUUGAUACAGCCUCAAGAGGAAAUAAAUUUUUCAAGGAGACUACAGUUCCUUUGCAUACUUUAUCGGACAGCAGUAACAGUGGAUACCUUGAACAUACGCCUCCUAAAGACUACUAUGAACUUACUUCUCAGGGGUUUAAAAACGUUUCAUCCAUAAGUCUGGAAGCACAAGGGAUAAAAAUGACUGUUUGCACAGAUAAUUCAGUAUUAAAUGAAGGUAUAAGCACAAGGAGACAACUGCCUAAAAGUUCUAAUUUAGAGGCAGAUAAUUCAUGUUCUCUAAAUGAACUCACUUACAAUAACUCAUCAGCAGAUAAAAGCCAACAGAUAAAUGAAAACAAUCAUACAGAGAAAUCUUUAAAAUCUCCCAGUAAUACUCUCAGUUGUAGAAGUAUAAAUCCUCAGGAAGAUGAAGUUCUAAGUCAACCUGAAAAUCUUAGCCUUAGGGCAGUCUCUACUGUUUCUACAGAAAAUCAAAUACAUUCUUACACGAUGCUUGAGGGCCUUCUAUUUCCUGCAGAAUACUAUGUUAGAACAACGCGUCACAUGUCAAACUACAAGAGGAAGGUAGCCCUGGAAGCUGUCAUUCAAAGUCAUUUGGGUACCAAGAAGAAAGAGUUUAAAAAUAAAAUUAAGGAAGCAACUAAAGAUUUAAAGCUUUCCAAUGAAGAAACUGACCAGAAUGAAGUUAGGAUGUCAGAUACAUGCAUGGUUCACCCACAUUCAAAAAUUCCUCUGGAAUUUCUCUCAUUAGCUGAAGUCAGCUCUCCUGCUAGACCUGCUGGAGAUGAUGACUGUUCUCGGAAGGCUGUUUCACAGCCAUGUGGUAGAAGAAACAGAAGGAAAAGAAGAUCAGUCAGCACUCCAGCACUAGAUUGUGAAUUGCUUUUGCCAGCUUCCAGCAUAGUUACUGUUAACAAGUCUGAAGAAGUUACCUUGUACAAACAUCAGGAUGAAAAAGCAGUUAUUUAUGGGGAGAAAGAUCAUUGUCAAAAAGAAUCCCUUUCUCCCAGCGAUAAUGCUUCUUUAGCUUCAAAUGAUGAUGCUUUCGCUUCUCCAUUUCAUAAGGACGGAAUGCUGAAUUUAAAGCAAUCAUUGCCAUUUCUCAGUAUGACAGACUUUGAGUUACCUGAUGAGGAUUUUGGGCAUCUGAAGCUUGAAAAACUGAAGUCCUGCUCAGAAAAACCAAUUGAGCCUCUUGAUUCAAAAACAUAUGGAGAAAGACAUCUGAAAGAGGGAAAUCAGAUCGUUCAGCAGGAGCCAGUUCCUAAACAGAGAGAUGCAGCCACUGAAGACUUGGAAGAGGACCUGGUUCUACCAGAAAAAGCACAUCUUCCAGUGCUAAACCAAAAAUGCCAGCCUACAAACCCGGGCCUUUCUUCAUCCAUAUUGCUUUUUACUCCUUUAAAUACUGCUGCACUUAAUGAUAAUGACCCUCUGACCACAGACCUGUGUCCGCCUACGUUCCCCUUUGUAGGCACUACUCCUGCUUUUGGCUCCCAAGGACACUCUGAGAAAAUGUCUGUUGAGGUUGGACACAUUUGCUUUACCCCGCAACCUUCUCACUUGACAGACACAGUCAUUCUUGCUAGGGACAGUAAGCAGUGUGACAGCCCACCAAAACUGGAUACCAGCUUGCAUGGGUCAGGGGGGCGAGGACAAACUGCCUGUGACCAUGACUCUGGCACCCAAGCAACACCACUACUUACUGAGUCACUUACUUUCAGAGAAAAUCAGCUCUAUGGAAAUACGUGCCCGGAGUGGCAUAAACAUUCUGUUGAACAGGCUGAAACAGCAGAUCUUCCUGUUUCUGAUAGCUUAAACUUGUGCAGCCUACAAUUGGUUUCAAAGUUAAAGAAUCCUUCCAGUUCCUGUUCCGUGGAUGUGAGUGUCAUGUGGUGGGAAGAAGCUGAUUUUAGAGAGCCAUGUAUCAUAACUGCUUGUGAAUAUGUAGUUUCUCUUUGGAAACCUGUCGACCCUUGUCAAUGGGAAAAAAUUCAUACCUGGCACUUCACAGAGGUUCCAGUAUUACAAAUAAUUCCAGUACCUGAAGUUUAUAACCUUGUGUUUGUAGCUUUGGGAAAUUUGGAAAUCAGAGAAAUCAGGGCAUUACUUUGUUUCUCUGAUGAUAGAAAUGAAAAGCAAACACUACUGAAAUCUGGAAACAUAAAAGCUGUGCUUGGCCUGACACGGAGGAGACUUGUUAAUAGCAGUGGGACCCUUUGUGAUCAACAAAUAGAAGUCAUGACAUUUGCAGAAGAUGGAGGAUGCAAGGAAAAACAGUUUUUGAUGUCUCCUGAAGAAACUAUUCUAACUUUUGCUGAGGUCCAAGGGAUGCAGGAAGCUCUGCUUGGUACUACUGCCAUGAACAACAUUGUUAUCUGGAAUUUAAAAAGUGGCCAACUCCUGAAAAAGAUGUACAUUGAUAAUUCUUACCAAGCUACAGUCUGUCACAAAGCCUAUUCUGAAAUGGGGCUCCUGUUUGUUGUGCUAAGUCAUCCUUGUGCCAAAGAGACUGAGUCCUUGGGCAGCCCGGUGUUUCAGCUGAUUGUGAUUAACCCAAAAACGACCCUGAACACGGGUGUGAUGCUGUACUGUCUUCCACAAGGGCAGGCUGGAAGGUUCCUAGAAGGGGAUGUUAAAGAUCAUUUUGCAGCAGCAGUCCUGACUUCUGGAACAAUUGCCAUUUGGGAUUUGCUUCUAGGUCACUGCAAGGUUCUUCUUCCUCCUAGCUCCGACCAAAACUGGUCUUUUGUAAAAUGGUCGGGUACAGAUUCUCAUUUGCUGGCUGGACAAAAAGAUGGAAAUAUAUUUAUAUACCACUACUCAUAAGUUAAGAGGAAAAUAGUUGUCUGAAUACAAUUGGCCUGUUGAUAUUUUUAGAGUUGUAACUUAAAAGAGAAUAUCUGUUUAAAAUAAUUACUUGUAUGCACCCAGGCAGACUUUCAUUUUUUUUAUUCUGAUGGUGGUGGCACUACUGGUCCUGAGUAUUUGUUUAUACCUACUAAAGGAUAAAAGCUUUAGGGUGAUUUUUGUAAUUCCCCACAUUUGCACAUUUGCUUUUAAAGGUGUAUAUAAAGCUUCAAAUGUCAAUAAAUAUUUAUUUUGAUA